GUUCGGAACUUUCCGCUAGGAAAUGGAGGGGCUCUCAAUCGAGUGACGACGAGGAAGAAGAACUCGAAAAAUCGACCGCUGAAAAACUCAUUGACUGUGUCUCUCGCCGCUGCGUCGAGCCACUCCCGCCAUGGAAGAAGAGCAGGAGCUCCUCUCGCGAAUCGUCGCCGACAUUGAAGAAGCUCGAGACAGCAACAGCAGCAGCAGCCAAACUCCCUCGCCGCCGCUCUCAAGUUCGACUCUCCUCGACCUCCAAUCCAUUCUUGACGCCGGCGAUGCCGACCUACUCGACCAAUUCUUCUCCCGCCUUUCGUCCAAAUCGCUCUCGCCGGCUUCUCUCCUCCCGCCUCUCACCUCCGCUAUGGACUCCGGCCCCAUCUACAUCUCCCUCUUGUCAUCCCAAGCAUAUCUCUCCCUCCUCCUUUGCCCUAACUCCCCUGUAUUCACUCUCUUCAACCCAAUGUCGUUUCUUUCUCUCCUUCGCUCCCUCCGGCGCGCGCUCAAGUCCCCGCCGCCAGCCGUGCAAGGGGAGGACCCGUCUUCCUCAUCGGGUCGGGCGGGUGGAUCUCAGGGUUUGAAGAGGAAGAAGGGUCGGGGAGGGAGGAAUAAUAGAGGUAAAAAUGUCCGUAAUGCUGAUGAUGAAGAUGGCGGCGGCGGCGGCGGCGGGGAGAGCCAGGUAAUUAAUGCAAAAUUGUUCUACAGCGUUCUGGAGAAAUUGGGUUCAGUUUUGGAUUUGAUUCAUUUGAGUAGGUUCCCCGAUAGUUUGAAGUCUCUGGUUCAGACUGUAGUGGAGAUUCCUGUUUUAGCUACGGAAACAUUAGGUAAUGCUUCAGGUAGCUCUAAUGGAUUGGAAAAUUUGUGCUCGAGGAUUUUGAACCGGGUGUUGAAACCCGAGCAUGGUGAAGAAGGGGAGACAGCAGCUGAAUUGCUAAAGUCGUUGACGCCGUUGAUCCUGGCUGCGAAGUCCCACGCUAGGAGCUUUGCCUUAGCCUUCGUGAAGAAUUUGGUGACGGGUUUAGCUAGAAGAAGCGAAAGUGUGAACAAGGCUUGUGUGAAUUUACCACGUUAUCUGGUGAGGAAGGCGCCGGACAAGGCUGAGCCCCGUGGGCUAGCGGUGGAUGCCAUAGUCGAUAUUGUGAAGGUUAUGGAGUUGAAUGAUCAAAUCGUUUUUGUGGAUUAUGUUGUGAAGAUGAGCGAAGGGAAGGCUAAUCUUAGAAUCUUGGCGGUGGACUUGAUGUUGAAUCUAUUACUGCUGUUGAAAGAUCCAUUUGGGUUGCGCUCGAAUGGUGAGCCGGAAGGGAGCUGGGGAUUCAAGUGUCUCGAGGCAUUGAUCCAGCGUUGUUCUGAUUCAAGUGCUCUAACUAGAGCUCGUGGGUUGUCGAAUUUGGCGCAGUUGGUGGGAAUUCUGUCAUCUGAUGAUAGGAAUCAUGCUGUUCUAAGACAAGCCAUGGGGUUUGGUGAAGAUAAUGUAAACAAGGGCGAGAGUAGGAUCGAUGAUAUGUUGAGAAGGCGCUGUAUGGAUGAGAAAGCAAACGUUAGGAGAGCUGCACUUCUUCUAGUUAGCAAGGUGACUGCUAUUUUUGCUGGCAAUUUGGAUGGAAUCGUGCUCAAGACUAUGGGAAUGGCUUGCUCGGAUCCACUUGUCAGCAUACGCAAAGCAGCAAUAUCAGCUCUGUCACAGGCCUUCAGAACAUAUUCAGAUGAAAUUGUGAUUACUGAGUGGCUGCAUUCUGUACCUCGAUUAAUAGCAGAUAACGAGACUAGCAUUCAAGAAGAGUGUGAGAACUUGUUCCUGGAACUAGUCCUCGACCGUGUCUCAAAAGCAGGAGGUGAUCCCAGGUUACAUAAUGCUUCCAGUUUAUCCCAUUCUAAGUCAAACAAAAUGGGAGUAGAAAGAAAGAUGGAGUUGCUAUUUCCAGAUGGAGUUCUGUUUAUUCUGAAAACAAUCUGUGAUGGGGAGGUGACACCUUGGGUGAAGAAAAUCUGCAGCAGUCUAGGGAAGAAGAAACGACUCAAGCCUGUGAUUGCUAGUUCGCUGCAGAAUAUCAUAAGAACUUCAGAGUCUAACUGGCAGAGCCAUUUAAUGCCAAUAGAGAAGUGGACAGCUCCACCUGGUGCAUGGCUUCUUUUAUCUGAGGUGUCAGCACACCUUUCCAAUGCAGUUGACUGGAAGUUUCUCCAUCAUCAUUGGCAGCUCCUUGACAAGUUUGGAGCAACCAACGAAUUUGAUCCUGAAGAAGAUUUGACUCGUGAUGAAGGAAGUAUACAUUCCGAUUCUGUUGCAUGGGCAGGAGAUCGCGUUUUUCUAUUGCAAACAAUCUCUAACGUUUCUUUGGAGCUGCCUCCUGAUCCUGCUGCUGAUCUAGCUCAUAACCUGCUCAAACGAAUUCAGGACUUCAAUAUGCACUCAACCGAGGUUAAUGCACACGUUAAAGCCCUGAAAACAAUAUGCAAACGGAAAGCUGUAGAUCUUGCUGAGGCAGAGACACUUGUUGGCAAAUGGGUUCAACAAGUUCUUUCAAAGGCUUGCAAUAUACUCGAGAAGUACAUGGAUGAAAAUUCGAAAGCCACCAACGAAAACAGCUUCUUCACACCACCUAGAAGUGGAAUUAGAAAGGGCAAGAGAGCAGUAGCGGCUUCCAGGCUACUGGCAGAAGCAGUGAAUUCAGUUCAGACCAUAGGAUCUCUGGUUCUUGUUUGUCCUUCAGCUGAUAUGAAAGAUGUAAUCCCUCUACUGUACACAAUCAUCACUUCAGGAAAUUCUGAUCCCAAGUUGAGCAAGCUCCCUGGACCUCCCGUCCCAGUUAAAGAGACAGCCCCAUCUUUGUACAUUCAGGCGUGGCUGACAAUGGGGAAGAUUUGCUUAGCGGACGGGAAACUUGCGAAGAACUAUAUACCUUUGUUUGUGCAGGAGCUCGAGAAAAGUGAUCUUGCACCACUUCGCAACAAUCUCGUGGUUACAAUGGCAGACUUCUGUGUUCACUAUACCGCUCUGGUGGACUGUUAUAUACCUAAGAUCACCAAGUGCCUCCGUGACCCAUGUGAACUAGUAAGGCGGCAGACGUUCAUUCUGCUCUCAAGAUUGCUUCAGAGGGACUAUGUCAAGUGGAGAGGAGUGCUGUUCCAAAGAUUCCUCCUGGCUCUUGUCGACGACUCGGAGAAGAUUAGACAAUUAGCUGACUUCCUAUUCGGGAACAUUCUGAAAGUCAAGGCGCCACUGUUAGCUUACAACAGCUUCGUGGAAGCCGUCUUUGUGCUGAAUGACUGCAAUGCACACACCGGGUCCAAGAACACUCGAACCGAAGAUCGCCAGUUCUCCAUUAGGGGGAAUGAUGAGAGCUCAAGGUCGAAAAGAAUGCACAUAUAUGUUUCCCUGCUCAAACAGAUGGCUCCGGAGCAUCUCCUAGCGACAUUUGCGAAACUGUGCUCUGAGAUUCUCGCAGCUGCUUCUGAUGGAAUGCUCAAGCUGGAAGAUGUCACCGGACAGGCUGUUCUUCAGGACGCUUUCCAAGUGCUGGCCUGCAAAGAGAUCAGAAUCCAACCCGCCCGCGGUUCAGCGGCGGACGCCGGCGAAGCCGGCGACGAAGAAGGCGGUGGCGGAGACGGCAACGGACUGUCAGCAAAAGGCAGGGCAAUAACGCAAGCCAUAAGGAAGAGCUUGAUCCAGAACACGAUUCCAAUCUUCAUCGAGCUCAAGCGGCUGCUGGAGAGCAAGAACAGCCCGCUCAUCGGCUCCCUAAUGGAGUGCCUCCGCGUGCUCCUGAAAGACUACAAGAACGAGAUCGACGAGAUCCUGAUCGCCGACAAGCAGCUGCAGAAGGAGCUCGCUUACGACAUGCAGAGGUACGAAGCAGCCAAGGCCAAGUCCGCCGCGGCGUCCGAAGCCGCCGGACCGAGCGGCUAUGGCGGCGGAGGGGGCGUUGGGUUUCUUUCGCCGAAGGACAAGAGGGUGGCAUCGGCGAUGGCGGACAAGGCUGCGGAGGUGACGGCCAGAUCGGUUUUGAGAGAGGUGAAUAGAGGCGUUCUAUCUCCGCCGUUGAGUGCUAUGAACAAGCCGAAGCUCAAGACUGCCGCCGCCGCCGGAACGGUGGGGAAGAGCGGCGGCUCUGGGUUGCCGUCGGCUCGUCCCGCCGAGGUCUUGGAGUCGGUCAGGAGACGGCAGACGUUCAUGUCCGAUGAUGAGAGUUGA